GAGAGAGAGGAGGAGUCAGUCAGUCGUUUGGAGCUCAGAUGGAGGUUUUUCCUCCUGCUGAGGAGAAUCUGACGGCAUGACGACGACUUCCUGAGAGAGAGAGAGAGAGACAGAGACACACACACACACACACACACACAGAGAGAGAGAGAGAGAGAGAGAGAGAGAGAGAGACACAUACACAGACAGAGAGAGAGAGAGAGAGAGAGAGAGAGAGAGCGAGCACAUCCUGCCUUCAGUUUCCACGGUGACGGCAUCCCUCCAUCCUCCAUCAGCUCUCUGUCCUGCUGCUGUCGGCUCGUCGGCGUCGUCAGGAUGGGAGAUAAAGGAACCAGAGUGUUUAAGAAAGCCAGUCCCAACGGAAAGCUGACCGUGUACCUGGGGAAGAGGGACUUUGUGGACCACGUGGACCUGGUGGAGCCUGUUGACGGAGUGGUGCUGAUUGACCCCGAGUACCUGAAGGAGAGGAAAGUGUUUGUGACCCUGACGUGUGCGUUCCGGUACGGCCGGGAGGAUCUGGACGUUCUGGGCCUGACGUUCAGGAAGGACCUGUUCGUGGCCAACGUGCAGGCGUUCCCUCCGCUGCCUGAAGAGAAGAAGAGUCUCACUCGGCUGCAGGAACGCCUCAUUAAAAAGCUGGGAGAGCACGCUUACCCCCCCCUUCACCUUCCAGGUACUUACCCUACUUACCCCCUCACCUUCCAGAUCCCUCUGAACCUGCCGUGCUCCGUCACCCUGCAGCCGGGCCCCGAGGACACCGGGAAGGCGUGCGGCGUGGACUUUGAGGUGAAAGCUUUCUGCGCUGAAAACGUUGAAGAGAAGAUCCACAAAAGGAACUCGGUGCGUCUGGUGAUCAGGAAGGUCCAGUAUGCGCCGGAGAAGCCGGGUCCUCAGCCCACCGCUGAGACCACCAGACAGUUCCUGAUGUCAGACAAACCUCUGCACCUGGAGGCGUCUCUGGACAAACAGAUUUAUUACCACGGAGAACCGAUCAGCGUCAACGUUCACGUCACGAACAACACGAACAAGACGGUGAAGAAGAUGAAGAUCUCAGUGCGACAGUAUGCAGAUAUCUGUCUGUUCAACACGGCUCAGUAUAAAUGUCCGGUGGCCACCGAGGAGUCAGAUGACGUCGUUGCUCCAAGUUCAACUUUCUGCAAAGUUUUCACUCUCACUCCGUUUCUGGCAAACAACCGAGAGAAGAGAGGACUGGCUCUGGACGGCAAGCUGAAGCACGAAGACACCAACCUGGCCUCCAGCACGCUGUUGAGGGAAGGAGCCAAUAAGGAAAUACUCGGCAUCAUCGUGUCCUAUAAGGUCAAAGUGAAGCUGGUGGUUUCUCGAGGAGGGCUCCUGGGAGAUCUGGCAGCAAGUGACGUCUCUGUGGAGCUUCCCUUCACUUUGAUGCAUCCGAAGCCGAUGGAAGAAUCUUUCUACAGAGACGCUGCUGAUGAAACUCCAAUAGACACAAACCUGAUCGAGUUUGACACACACGAUGAUGACAUCGUCUUUGAGGACUUCGCCCGCCAGAGGCUGAUCGGGGCGAAGGACGACGAGGACGAAGAUCCGGUGGAUUCUCCAAACUGGACGACAGAUAGAGGCGAUGAGCGCCGGCCGCCGCCGCCGCUGCUGCUGUUUGCUGCUAUUUGUAGUGUGGAGCUAACGGAGAGGCUCUUCAUCAACACUGCCGACCGGCCAAUGGCGUCCGACGUCCGUCUGCAGGACACCAAACUGUCAGAGAGCCAAUCAGCUGAGAGCAUCCGGGGCCUCGUUGCAUGA